AUGUACAGUAGUUUCGAUGCUUUCAAGCCACAUUUUAAUGCUUUGGCAAGAGUUGGAUAUUUUAAAAUGGUUUUUAAGUCGUCGUCUAAAAUUAAGCAAACCUUGAACGUGUAUUACCGUGUGGUUAUUUGGUUUUUUGUUAUUUUAUACAAUAUGCAACAUGUUUUACGUGUAAUUCAGGUCUGGCACAGCAUCGACGAAAUUGUAAAUACAUUGUUCAUUCUGCUAACAACUUUAAACACCUUGGGAAAACAAAUCGCUUUUAACGUCCGCUCGGUGCGCAUCGAUCGACUUAUUGAUAAAAUUAACGGGUCCCUUUUUACACCGGGUAGUAACUACCAAGAUAAGGUCAUGAGACACCAUGCUAAGUCCAUGUUACGUCUGUUGCGUAUGUAUCACUGUGCGAUAUUCCUAUGUGGGCUCAUGUGGACGAUAUUCCCCGUUGUCGACCGCGCUUUAGGAGAAGAUGUUCAGUUCACUGGAUACUUCCCAUUCGAUACCAGUAAGACACCAGUAUUUGAAUUAACAGUUACUUACAUGUCCAUAUUAAUAACACUGCAGGCGUACGGCAACGUUACAAUGGACUGCACAAUUGUUGCAUUUUAUGCACAAGCAAAAACGCAGUUGCAAAUGUUAAGAUAUGAUCUUGAGAAUUUAUCUAAUACAGAUGGAGAAAAUAAUAAAGAUAUUCACAAAAUUAUAUUAAAAACCUACAAGGAUGUAGAAAGCAUAAGAUUUAGAAGAUUAUUGCAAAGGAAAUUUGUAAAGUGCAUGCAACAUCAUCAACAAAUAUUAUGGUUUGUUAAGGAAGUGCAGUCAAUAUUUGCAGAAGCGAUGGUCGUACAAUUCUUCGUUAUGGCGUGGGUCAUCUGUAUGACCGUCUAUAAGAUAGUUGGGCUGAGCAUACUAUCCGCGGAGUUUUUCUCGAUGGCCAUGUAUUUAGGAUGUAUGCUGGCACAACUGUUUAUUUACUGCUAUUAUGGAACUCAACUUAAAUAUGAGAGUGAUUGUGUGAAUCAAUCUAUCUACGACUGUGAAUGGACAUCCCUAUCCCCGGCGGCGAGGCGUCACCUGCUCAUACUGAUGGUCCGUUGCUCGCGCCCUCUAGCGCCGACCAUCGCUCACAUCGUACCCAUGUCUAUGGACACUUACAUCUCUAUACUCAAGUCUUCAUAUACAUUGUUCACUUUUUUGGAUCGAAAAUAG